CACAUAGGGCCAAUUUCUGGGCGCUCCGCCCGGCUACACAACAUCACGAUGGGGACUGUUCUUGAUCGCACCAUCACAAGUACCACUGGUCACGUCACAGAUCUCUCCGGCGUCGGCACCGGUGACUACCAGCCUCAAUAUAACCGAUUCGGGUAGGUGCCGCUUGUCUACUGCACAUGGACAUGCGCAUACAAGUACUGGCAUAUCACACGUAUUCGCGACUAACUUUGUCAUAAUCACUGCUUCGUCCUCUUUAGCACAUAACAGAUCAUGCUUGAGUUCCCUCGGACAUACAGCUUAA